CAUCAGCGACACUAUGCUAAAACAAUACUUUUGGCCCGUGACAGCAUAAAAUCGCCCAAACUUAUUAGAAUUAUUCUCUAAAUAAUCUUAGUAAAACCACUUAGAAUAAUAAUAAAUAAAAUAAAGAACAAAAAAAUACGCAAAUACAAUGCCAGAUCUCGACAAGUGGAUAGAAACAGUGAAGGAGUGUAAAUACCUGCCAGAGAAUGACUUGAAGAAACUGUGUGAUAUCGUGUCUGAGAUUUUGCUCGAGGAGUCCAAUAUACAACCAGUUAGCACGCCCGUCACGGUCUGUGGAGAUAUACAUGGGCAAUUCUACGAUCUGGAAGAACUAUUUCGUACAGGUGGUCAAAUACCCGACACUAACUAUAUCUUUAUGGGUGAUUUUGUCGAUCGUGGGUACUACAGUCUCGAAACAUUGACACGUCUGCUUACGCUGAAGGCACGUUAUCCCGAUCGCAUUACAUUAUUACGUGGCAAUCAUGAAUCGCGACAAAUUACCAAAGUUUAUGGCUUUUUCGAUGAGUGCUUCACCAAGUAUGGUAACGCUAAUGCAUGGAAAUAUUGUUGCAAAGUAUUUGAUUUGCUGACUAUCGCUGCGAUUAUUGAUGAAGAAGUGCUUUGUGUGCAUGGUGGUCUAAGUCCUGAAAUAAUCACACUCGAUCAAAUACGCACAAUUGACCGCAAUGGCGAAAUUCCUUACAAAGGUGCAUUCUGUGAUCUGGUUUGGUCAGAUCCAGAGGAUAUGGAUCUAUGGGGUCAAAGCCCUCGUGGCGCUGGUUGGCUGUUUGGUCAGCUAGUUACCAAAGAUUUCAUGUAUAUCAAUAAUUUAGAGCUAAUAUGUCGCGCACAUCAGCUCGUCAACGAGGGCAUUAAAUACAUGUUUGAUAGUAAACUUGUAACGGUGUGGUCGGCGCCGAACUAUUGCUAUCGCUGUGGCAAUGUGGCUGCGAUUUUGAAUUUCAAAAACGUCAAAGAUCGUACAACCAGUAUUUUCAAUGCGGUGCCAGAAACGGAUCGAGUUAUACCACAUCAAAAUACUACACCAUAUUUUUUGUAAAAAUGUAUAUACUGUUAUUUAGAGAACGAAUUUUGUUUGUCAACCCCGCCCACAAAUGAUUACUCAUUGAGUAUUAUUUGCCUUUAAUGUUUACGCCUGUGUUCUAUCUAUCU